GUUGGGUCAGUUUGAAAGCCCGCGCGGGCGUUGCGCUCCGCUGUGACGGCGGAGGAUGCUGCGAGCGAGCGGAGCCUGAGGCGCGGCGGGGUCCGACCGGGAUGCUUUGUUGCGUCUCCCGCCGGGCUACAAGCCUGGGUUCUCGGCGGGCAGUUGUGAAGUUGGUUUCUAAGAGAAAUGAACAGAAAUAACUCACUUUGAGGAAGGCAUGGCAAAACCAAAUACAAAACACAGAGUUUGUUCUCGGGAAUCUUCAGUAUCUUCUCUGUUAGCAAGCUGCAGCCUCAGUGGUAGUAAUUCCUCUACCGCUGAUGGCUCUGUUCAGUAUAAGGAUAAACUGUACAGUUCUGCAUCUCAGGCUCUACAGGCCUAUAUUGAUGAUUUUGAUCUAAGCCGGAUGUAUCCUGGUGUAAGCACUGGAAAGAUUAACAUUGGUAAAUGUCCUGCUAAUAUGCCAGAAUUCUCCAACUAUAUUUAUAAACCAAACCAUGCUUUUGAAAAAUUUCAUCACAAAAAAAGCUCCUUGUCCUCAUCUUCUAGAAGACGGACUAUUAAUGACAUAGACUCCAUUAGCCUAACAACUGAUGAUCUGUUAAAACUUCCAGCAGAUGGAUCAUUUCCUUUUACUUGUGUUGGACCAGGUCAUCAAGUUACCAAGAAAACCAAGAAAUGCAUUGGAAGACUGAGUUUAUCAGACACUGAAAAGAAUCAAAAUUUUCAAGAACCCUGCAUUGCCAGAAGCAAGGAUAACUUAGUUACUCCUGUGGUAUACACAAAUAUAAAUGGAAAGCAGUGUCAUAAGCUAAAAAACCUAAAACUUGUGAAUAAGACGAAUAAAUGUGUUUCUGAACCAUCUUUUUUUAAGAAAUCAUCUUUCAAGGACAGUUCAGAACUCGAUUUUGAAAAGAAUUACCCAAGAUGGCUCACUGGCCAUAAAUCUGACCUUAAUGUUUCAGGGAUAACUAGUAUACCUGAUUUCAAAUAUCCAGUCUGGCUCCACAAUCAAGACUUGCUACCUGACACAGAUAGACAAAGUAUUUAUAAAAUAUUUAAAGACGAGCAUUGUUCCCCAAGACAUAGUUAUCAGGCACAAAGAACUUCUCGACCUAUGAAUAAAUUAGAUUGUUUUGAAUAUUCUUUGGAACCCUCAAAUAUUUCAGAUUUCUUGAGUGGUGAUAAAAGAUUUGUUAAUGAAUAUAAAUGUGAUUCUGAGCAUAGCCAAUGUCAUUGUGAGAAUCCACUUCUUCCAGGACAAUCCAAAAAGCCAUUCAAUGGUGACAAAAUUGAAUUACUUAUCCUGAAGGCCAAGAGAAAUCUAGAGCAUUGUACUAAAUUACCAAAGUCGAUGAAACAGGAUGAUAGUCCUUGUUCAUUAGAUAAACUGGAAGCAGAAAGAUCGUGGGAAAAUGUGCCUGUUACUUUUAAAUCUCCUGUUCCUAUUAACUCUGAUGACAGUCCUCAACAAGCUCCAAGGACAAAGUAUGCUAAAAGUUUCCUUGAAGACUUUUUAAAUGAUGAUGAUCAGAGCUGUACCCUGUCUGGAGGAAAACAUCAUGGUCCUGUUGAAGCCCUGAAACAAAUGUUAUUUAAUCUUCAAGCCGUACAAGAAAGUUUUAAUCAGAAUAAAACUGUGGAGCCAAAAGGAGAGAUUAAACAAGUUUCAGAAGAUGAUUUCUCUAAAUUACAAUUGAAGGAAGGUAUGGUUCCGAUUACUAGGUCACUUCAAAAGGCUUUGCACCAUUUAUCUCGCCUGAGGGACCUGGUUGAUGAUACCAGUGGGAAACAGUCACCGAAAAUGUGAAGAGGAAAAUAAAAGUUUAACCAAUAAAUAGUCACCACAAAAACAAAAAUGUAUUUUUUUCCUAUUGCUUAAGCUGGCAGAAUAAUGAUAAGCCAUCCACUAUUCUGAUUGGUUCAAUUAUUAUAUAUUUAAAAAACAAACUUGAAAGUGUCUGUAGGUUUUGUGACCUAUCCUCAUUUUAUGCCAAAAUACCAGAAUGUGAACUGGAAGGACCUACACUAUUCUAUAGUCUGACUUUGGUCUUCAGGCCAGCAAAUGUCUAAUAUUCAAAGAUGGAUGGAUGAUUUCCGUUCUUGAAGCUCAUGUGGACUUAACCUUCUUCAGCAUCCUCGCCAUUUUAUCGUCUAGUUGUGGAUUAAGAAAUUCUUCCUGGUUUCUAUUUAAAAUCUCUUAAGUGGAGUAGACUUUUUGUUACAGUUAACAUCCACUUUUAAGGAACUUAAAAUUCUUGUGGUGUAUCUUAUCCAUAUGGAAGUAUGUUACUUUUAAAUUUUGUAAAUCAAAUAUUUAAGAUAUGUUGUAUUGCAAAUAACAUUAAUAAUGGGGUGGUUCAGUGUUAAAAGGAAUAUUGUUCUAUGUUGUGUAAUCCAAGAGAACUUUGUUUAAUUAAUGCUUUGAUUUGAUUCUCUAAAAGAUAGUCUUUUUUUAAGUUUUAUUUUAGAGAAAGAGGAAGAGGGAGAGAGAGAGAAGGAAACCGAUUUGUUGUUUCACUUA